AUGCCCUGUCGGCUGUCGGUGCUGCAGGCCUAUACCAACGGCAAGAAGUAUCAGCGGCUGGUGAAGACAGCCAGAGAGUUUGACUAUGCCAAGUUUGAGCCCCAUAUAGUGCCCAGCACAAAGAAUCUACACCAGCUGUUCUGCAAGCUCACUCUCAGACACAUCAACAAAUUUCCAGAGCACGUGCUGCGUCACGUCCAAGGGAAGCGCUAUCAAAAGGCCUUAAAAACAUAUGAGAAGUGCCAGAAGGAGGGAGUGGAGUACGUCCCUGCCUGCUUGCGACAGAAGCAGCAGCGGAUGCAGCACCCUGAAGAUGAAAUGAACGGGAGCAGGCAGCCUUACAGAAAAGAGGAGUUCUGGGAGCCAAAGUCCAGCGACGAGGAAGGAGAGGAGACGGACGACAGCAUGAGUGACCUGUACCCAGCUGCACUCUUCCCAGAAAAAAGCCCAGCAGCUUCACAAACCACGAGGGGCAGCGAUGACUUUGCAACAGACAGUGAGGAUGAUCGGGCCAAGCAGAACGGUGACGUGAACAGAGAGGACAGCAGAAGAAUGGAUGUCAGCAGAGCAGUUGGCAACAAAAGGGGAAAGAAACAGUCAGGCCCUUUAAAGAAGAAAUUCAAGAGUUAUCAUCGAAAACCCAAGAACUUCAAGAAAGCAAUCCAUGGCAAAUAA